GGUAGAGAUCGGUCUACAUUCUCGCCUACCUCUCUACGAUAAUUAAUGCACAGAAAGAAAAUGGAAACACCCUUGGUAUUUCUUUUGGCAGCGUUGUUGGCAACAGUGCUGCUGGAAUAUAAGCCUGUUUUGCCAACACUAGCGUCUGAAGCUGAUCACUCUGUUUGGGCAGAAGUUGGUGUUUUCGAAACAGGAAAUUUUCACCCAAUACAAUCUGAUGUAGGAACAGCCUCUAGCUGUUCACCUCCUAGAUCCUUGUUGAUUUUUAGGCCAGAAGAAAAGGGCACGUAUCCUGUCAUCUUGUUUCACCACGGCACAGGCUGCCAGAACUCUUGGUACACUGAUGUUUUCAAAUUCAUCUCUUCUCAUGGAUACAUAGUGGUCGCACCGCAGUUAUACGGAUUGAAACCACCUAGCGGACAAGACGAGCUUGACUCGGCAGCAGAAGUGGCAAACUGGUUACCCUCAGGUCUCCGGUGUGUGCUACCUGAAGAUAUUGAAGGGGACAUACACAACCUUGCUCUUGCAGGCCACAGUAGGGGUGGAUACAUUGCAUUUGCUCUUGCACUUGGGCUUGCCGAUGUUUCCUUAGACGUUGACUUUUCAGCGCUGAUAGGAGUAGACCCCGUUGCGGGGACUUCCAAAACUAAUCAGAUGGAGCCCAAAAUACUCAAUUACGAAUCUUGCUCUUUUAACUUUUCGAUUCCUGUCGCCAUAAUUGGUACUGGGUUAGGCAAUAAGCCAGCCUUCCCCAUCUUACCGCAGACGUGUGCUCCAGAUGGGGUGAGCCACACGGAGAUUUUCAAUGAGUGCAAACCUCCAUGUAGCCAUUUUGUUACUACAGACUAUGGCCACAUGGACGUUUUAGAUGACGAUAUAGGUCUAAUUGGGGAAGGAGCCCGAGCGAUGUGCAAGGGGUCUCGGUGGGGGGUUAGCAGGGAUCCCAUGAGAAGAACUGUAGGUGGCGUUUCUGUCGCCUUUUUAGAGGCUUUCUUCAAAGGCAACUACACGGACUACAACAAAAUUCUGCAAAAACCUAAUUAUUUUGCUCCUGCAACACUUGAUCCAGUCCAGAACAAAAGUGAAGGGACAUCGUGCUCAAGUUUAUCUGCAAUGUCCGUUGAUGAACUCUAGUGGCAAUUUAUUAAUCGGUUGAAUAAUUCUCCUCUUUCCGCAAAGGUGCUAUCAAAACACUAAAGAAGAGAGUGCUGCUCAGUACCUCCAUGUUUGGUGGCCUCGGACCUAUCGUAACUUAUGUAAUAUUGCAACUUAUGUUCUAAUAAAUACCUUCCCUGAGGUUCUUCUGUUUUAA